GUAUUCUAAACUUAAAACUAAUGAAAAUGUUGUAGAGGUGCCUAUUAGUUGUCCUCUACUUAACGGCUUAAGUAUUUUUGCAAUGGAUAUGAAAGAACGUCGGAUCUAUUCAGGUCCUCACUCCACAUCACGCCUAAAUAUUAAUACAAUCCCAAAAGAUAUAUGUUUGUCAAAGGACUACACUAGGAAUAUGUCAGAAGGAAAAGCUCUCGUAUUUGUAUCUAUAUGUGAGGUAGUCAACUCCGUCAAACUGAUAAUAACUUACGAUGGUCCACCUACUGUUACUUACAGAACUCCAGCUUUUCGUAUAAUAGGAAACAUUACAAUUGGACAUUUUGGUGACCUUCGAUUUAGUGGUGAUGGAAAGGAAAUUGACUCACAUAUCAAUUCUUUUAUACGAUUCGCAAUCAAUGAUGUUAAUAAUGGUAUUAUUGUCCCAGAAUUAAGAAAGAAAGGAUUGAAAUUAUAUUUGAAGUCGUAUAAUAUUCCAAACGAAAAAUCUGCAACCUAUAGAAAACUUGGGGAUUUGGAAACUAUUUCAACUAAUAUUCAUUUGGUUAUAAGUUCCAUUCCAGGAAAUGUUGCUAAUGUUUUUAGUCCGUUCAUAGUGAAGUUUAGGAUACCUUAUAUUUCGACGAUCGAUUCUACCAGAGAAUACAUCGAUAAAGAUAUAUACCCAUUGUAUAAUAGUAUAAGUUGGUCAGAGGAGGCGUUCUAUAAUUCAGUGUUUCAAUGUGCUAAAGAUAGGUUUUGGACUGACGUUGUAAUCCUUCGAUAUCACGAUAUUAAUUUAACUGGUUUAUUCUAUUCUGUGGCUAUCAAAUACAAAAUUAACUUACGCAAUGAAUUUGUCUUUGGGGCAGUAAAAGAUUUAAAACCGAAGAACUUGUAUGACAGGAAGCUGAAAUCAUCGUUGGAAGCAGUGAAAAGAACUAACUUGAAAGUAAUCUUUCUGUUUGCUCCAUUCCAUAUACAGCCAAUCGUCUUUCGAGAAGCCUAUCUUAUGAACCUUUCUUCUCUGCAUGGAUUCCAAUGGAUUUUAAUGAGAAAAUACGCGCGAGAGUUUCCAUUUGAGAACCAUUCGGUUUGUAACAAAAAAUUAGAAUGCACAUUAGCUUUUACUGGAACCUACCUCUUUGAUUCGACCUACAAUGUAUCGGGUUACCAAACAGAUAGUUGGAAACGAGUUCUUAAUUAUUAUUUUAAAGAAGACCGUGUACUUUACAAAGGUGGAAGAGUUCGUUAUAGAUCCUUUGAAAUAGGAGCGUUAAUGGGAUUGGGUUAUGACGCCGUGCACCUUUACGCUAAAGCGUUAGCCAUACUUCUCAAUAAACAACUAACACUUAACGGUGCGAAGGUUAAUUGGCUCAUGCGCAAGAUAACUAUACAUGGACUAACAGAUAAAGUAUCUUUAAAUGCAUACGGUGAUAGAAUUGGUUAUUUCGGUUAUCUGGCCCAAGUUAACCCAAUCCCACGUUGGCCAUAUUUGCCGAAAUCUAAAAUUAUAACUUACGUAAAGUGUAUUAAGAGAUCGGAAGACGGUAUUCAAUUAGAAAUACCUUACGAAUCGAAAAUACUUCCUCACAAUAAAACUGCGGCACUGGUAGCAUUUCCUGUCGGUAAGGUACAUAACACUAGACAAUACAUAUCUUUAUCGGGGAUGGUUAGUCUCAAUACACAAAAAAUGAUGCCAAAAGAGGGUGAAGAUUGGCCGCCAACCAUUUUUAUUCGGACAGAAAGUAUAGUUCCACCAUAUUAUUGCGUUCAUGCGUGUGGUGAAAAGUUAAAAGACCCCGGUAAUAUUAAUGUUUUUGAUGGAGGAAUAUGUCGUCCAGAUGACAAAUGCGAAUGCUUUGAAGGAUUCGAAGGGAAGCAUUGUCACACUGUUCAGUGCCAUUGUUUACACGGCCUUUGCACUAUUGAAGGUUCUUGCAUAUGUAAUCCUGGUUAUACAGGUCCCUCUUGUGGUGCAGCAAUUUGUGAGGAUUGUAAUUUUGGUGUAUGUGUAAAACCAGGUGUAUGUGAAUGCACUACUAUAGUAUAUUUCGGUGAAAAUUGUGCUAUUCAUAUUUCAUCCAUCAUUGUUCCAAUAUUAUUUGCAGCACUUAUUCUCAUUGGUAUCUUUUAUGUCGUGGCAGGAAUAACUAGCUCGAAGACGAAAAGUAUAAUCUAUCAAGACUGGAUGAUUGAUUGGGACAACGUUACUGUACCUGAAAAAUUAGGUAUGGUAGGACAAUCCAAGGGAAUAAUUAACAAAACGGUUGCAGCUUAUAGAUGGGACAAUGAGAACUGGUAUGUGAAAAAGAUUAAUAGUAAGACAAUUCCUCCUGAUGAUAAAAAGAUUAUUUCAGACAUGGUCAAGUUAACUAAAACUAGACAUUAUAAUCUGAUUCGAUACGGUGGAUGCUGUUUGACUUAUCCUAACGUCAGUUUGUUCAUGGAAAUUGCUGACAAGGGGAGUAUAGCGGAUGUACUUGCCAAUGAAACAUUUGAGAUCGGAUGGGAAUUUGGAUUUUCAUUUUUAAAAGAUAUAUGUUGCGGAAUGGAAUAUUUGCAUGACAAAUCUGAAAUCAAAAGCCAUGGACGUCUGAAAUCUUCCAACUGCUUGGUUGAUAAGCGCUGGACUGUACGUCUGUCAGGAUUUGGUGCACCGUCUCUUCGUUAUGGCAGCUACAGAAUCCCAGAGUCUGAAGAAAUGUCUGAUUUAAAAGAUCUUUUUUGGACCGCACCCGAACUACUGAGGGAUAACACAAAUCUCGAUGGAGUAAAGUCGGGCACACCGCAAGGAGAUGUCUAUUCAUUUGCUAUCAUUGCGUGUGAAAUUGUGACGAAGGUAAAACCAUACCAUUACGAACUGAAACAUUUAAGUGAAAAAAGCAUUUUAGAUCUCAUUAAAGAUUCACAUUCACGGGCCAAUAAAGAAAUACGACGUGUAUGGGAGAGUAUUGGUGGAGGUAAAAUGAUUUUUACAAGACCAAUUUUAAGUGAAGAUUUAUUACCAAACAGUAAUCUAUCUAAGAAGCUGUUUAAAAAAAUGCUCGAAGAGUCUUGGAAUGAGAAGGAAUCUUCACGACCGACUUUUAAUAAGCUUAGCAUCAUUCUAAAUCAAAUGUACCCCAUAAAAGGAGAACUUAUAGAUAAAUUAAUCCACCUCUUGGAAACUUAUUCCAAUAAUUUAGAAAUGGUUGUAAUAGAAAGAACCAGAGAACUAGAAGAAAAAAAAGCUAAAGCUGAGCAGCUAUUGGGCCAGAUGUUGCCCCCGAAAGUAGCUUGUGAACUGAAACAAGUUGGUGAAGUGAUACCGGAAUUAUUCGAAAAUGCCACGGUAUUCUUCAGUGAUAUCGUGAAUUUUGGCCGAAUAUGUAAAGAAAGUAAACCAAUGGAAAUCGUUGAUUUUUUAAAUGAAGUUUAUAAAUUAUUUGACUCAGUGGUGGACGGCUAUGAUGUUUAUAAAGUGGAAUCCAUCAGCGAUUCCUACAUGGUAGUUAGUGGUAUUCCAGAAAAGAAUGGUGAUCGCCAUGCAGGAGAAAUUGCAACAAUGGCUUUAGAUCUGAUGUCAUAUGUUACUCUACUCCAUGUUCCCAACACGGAAAGUAAUGUGCUACAAUUACGAAUUGGAAUGCAUUCCGGCCCGGUAGUAAGUGGCGUGGUGGGGAAACUAUUGCCUAGAUUUUGUCUAUUCGGAGACACCGUCAACACAGCUUCCAGAAUGCAGUCUAGUUCUUAUGCCUUACACAUUCAAGUGAGCGAGAAUACUGCAGCAAUUCUUGAUUCUUUAGGCGGUUAUAAAUUAGAAUGUAGAGGGGAAAGAGAAGUAAGAGGUCGCGGAUUAAUGACAACGUACUGGUUGUGGGGUAAGGACACAUUUAUGAAAGAAUUCCCUGAUAUAUCCCUGGGAGUCCCUCUCUCACAACACAAAUUCAAAUAAAGCCACCAGUGCAUAAAUUUAUCUAUAAAACACCAUACAUAUUGUAGUAUGUGUUUAUGUAUGUAUGUAUGUAUGUAUGUA